AUGCCCUACAGUACCGAGAAACUACAGAUCGUGGACAUGAACGAAUUCUCAUUGAAUAUUCUCUACUCUAAAUACCUGCAAAGUGCUCCUCAAUUCGAAAACUUUGUCAAAGCCUCGACUCGUUCUCGUCAGCCAAAUGUAGAAGACCUCAACAGCAAAACUUGCACAGACGUUGAUCAGCAAUUGAUCGAAGUGAUCAUCGACGAAAAUGUGACUAGAAACGAAGCGGAGUUUUACAACGACUUUUUCGAGCAAUUCAAAGAAGAAUUCGAGGAGGAUAUCAAUCUGAAAUACGGAUCGUCGAUCUCGAUUCCUGAUUUCUUAGGAAAGUCCCAACAAACACUUCAAAAAGAACCAAUCGAGGAAGUCGAGGGCAAGUCGGAUUUACCCCCUUAUCCAACUACCGAUGUUUUCCAAGAAAAAGUCAUCCAAAAGGUUGUCGCCGCCUUCGACGGGGAAUGCAAGGGAACAUUUACAGACAUUUGCGACAAGACCUUUAUCGUUGCCGCUCGGAAGCCGUUUUCUAUUAAUGGCAACGAUAUUCCAGACGCUCGUUUCGAAGAAAAGUAUUUCCAAGAAGAUCCUAAUCAGAAAUAUUUCCGAUGGACGAAAGACGACAGAACAAUUACAGUGAUUCCGGCGAAUAUUCGAAAUCCAACAGUUGCUGUGGAUAGCUUCACUAGCAUCCUUUGUAGCCAUUCUGGCAUCAACGCCGGAGGUGGUGCCGGAGACGGUGGCUCAAGAAAACGCCGCUGGAACCACCCAAAACGCGUCCGAGGAUUCCGUCGAGGUCAACGCCGCAAUCCGAAUAAAUCCUACUACUCCCGCUCCUCCUUCCUCCGGUCCAACUGA